UCCAUAUCUCUCCCCGCCAUCGUCUUCAAACGGAACCAGUGAUAAGAUAAGCCCCAAACUGCACACUGUCCUCUCUUCUUCCACACAACGGUGAAAUUCCGCCAUGGAAGCCUCUCUUCUAAGCUUUCCCUCAUUCAAAACCCCUUCUUCUUCUCAAAUUUUAACCCUAAAUCGUCCCACAAACCCAUUAUCCUUCUCUCCCCUCCGCCAUUCCACCAAUCAAGGCCGCCAUUAUCGCUGUCUCAAGGUCGCCGCCGCUAUUUCUCGCACCAAGAAAGAAGAAACUGUCGAAACAGUCAAGGAGCAGCUCGAUAAAUGCUAUCUAUUAGCCGGAAUCAAGUACAAAGGCUUCACCGUCAAGCAAUUUCAAGAACUUCGUCGAUCUCUCCCUGAAACCUCGAAACUUAUUGUCGCCAAAAACACGCUUGUUCUUAAAGCUAUUGAAGGGACUUCUUGGGAAGCCUUAAAGCCCUGCAUGAAGGGCAUGAAUGUUUGGCUAUUUGUCCACUCCGAGGAAAUUCCUGCCGCAAUUAAGCCCUACAGGGAUUUCCAGAAGGAGAAAAAGCUAGAGGAUAAUGAUUUCACCGGUGCGGUUUUCGAGGGGAAAUAUUACGGGCCGGAUGAUUUCAAGGCGUUAGAGACAAUGCCGUCGAGAGCGGAGGUUUAUGCCAAAAUGUUGGGUCUUUUGAAGGGUCCGGCAUCGAGCUUGGUCGGAACAUUACAGGCCCCGGCAAGGGACGUGCUGAUGGUUUUAAAGGCCUACGUGCAGAAAUUGGAGGAGCAAGGCGGUGGUGGUGGGCAGUAAUUUACAUAGAAGAAGAGUUUCCACUGUUAGCUGUAAGUUAUAACGAAACCCCCUUCUGAAUCAACCUUGCAGCAGAAUGUAUGGUUGAUUUUAUGCUUUCUUUUUUGUUGGUGUUGUCAAUUCAAGUAAUUAUGAGGUGACAUAGACACUCUAUGAGAAUUUAGAAUUGGUGUAAAGUUGAAAUUCUUUCUAAGCUAUUGAUUUUCACAUGCAUAUUGGCCAAUUUAUAAGGUUUACA